CAUCUAUUGUACGAUUCAGGAACUAAAUUUAUCACAUGUGUGAAAAUCUUGUGAUUAAAAUUUAAUCAUUGAAUCGUUUUGAUCGUUAAUCUAAUUGUUAUUAAUUUGUUGAGAAUUUAUUAUUUUUCAUAAUGGACCAAUUUUCAUCAGAUUCUGAUAUUGAUGAAACCGCCGAGAAAUUUGUUAAAUUAAAGUUAACCAAGGUUAAGGAUAAAGCUGAUCGAGCGACCGUUGAGAAAGUUUUAGACCCAAGGACUCGAAUCAUCUUAUUCAAAUUUCUCAAUAAGGAAAUCAUUGAUGAGAUAAAUGGUUGUAUCAGUACAGGAAAAGAAGCCAAUGUUUACCAUGCAACUUGUCCCGAUGGAGCUGAAAGAGCGAUUAAGAUUUUUAAAACGUCCAUUUUACAAUUUAAAGAUCGUGAUAAAUAUAUUUCAGGAGAAUACAGAUUUCGCCAUGGUUAUUGUAAAUCCAAUCCAAGGAAAAUGGUUCGCACUUGGGCGGAAAAAGAGAUGCGAAACCUUUGCCGUAUAUUUCAAGCAGGAAUUAAUUGUCCUCAACCAUAUCUAUUGAAAAGUCAUGUUAUCCUGAUGGGAUUUGUGGGUGAAAAAGGUUUACCUGCUCCUCUGCUCAAAGAUGCCGAGAUUAACCGUUCGGAGGCCAGUAAGCUUUACCUUGAAUGUGUCCUGAUGAUGAGCACAAUGUCCCGUCAAUGUAAAUUGGUCCAUGGUGAUUUAAGUGAAUACAAUUUACUUUAUCAUAAAGGUAAACUGGUGAUGAUCGAUGUCUCCCAAUCAGUUGAAUGGGAUCACCCGAUGGCUUAUGAAUUCUUAAGGAAAGAUUGUGUCAAUGUAAAUGAUUUCUUCCGUCGUAAAGGUGUCGCAACUAUGACAAGUCGAGAGCUUUUUGAAUUUAUACUCAAUCCGAAUAUAAAUGAAUCUAAUCGAGAUGAACAUCUAUCAAAGCUCCAAGAGAUUAUCUCUGCUCGUUCAUUUCAAGAACUUACAAAUCAAGAAAAAAUUGACGAAGAAGUUUUCAAAGGAUCUUUUAUACCACAGAGAUUGGACCAGGUUAUCGAUGCCGAAAGGGACAUUUUUCAGCCCGAAAUUAACAAAGAAGCUCAACUUUAUAAAGAUCUCAAUUCUUUGAAUGAUAAGUUAUCAUCUUCGGAUGAUGAUGAUUACAAAUCAAGCUCAGAAUCAAAUAAUGAUGAAGAUGUAAACAUGUCCAUUAAGGAAGAGACUAAAGGUGAUAGAGUAACACAACGAAGGCCUCGUAAUGAAUCACCCGAAAGUCGUAAGAGGCGAAAACGAUUGGCUCAAUUGGAGAAACAAGAAAAACGAAAAACGAAAAUCCCAAAGCACAUUAAAAAGACCUCAACAAAGGCUGGAAAAGCUAAAAGAUAAAUUAACGAUUAAUUCAGUGACAUUUAAUUUGAUUGCUGGCAAAUUAAUCAAAUCAUCAACUCUUCAAAUUUCCAGCCAAUUAAGCCAAAAGGACCCAGAACAUUACUACUACUAUUUGAUUAUCUGUGCUUUUUAUUUUGAUAAACUUACAAUUCAACUCACCAAUUAAAUGUUUUCUUAAUUCUUGUGAUUGUUUUUUUGCCUCAUCAAAUCAAUAGAUCAAAACUCAAUGUCUUUGAAUUGAUGAGAAAAUUUAUCACUCAAGAAAUAAAAAGCAUAACAAUUGAACUUAA